AUGGAGGGGCGCCCUAACGUGGUGGAGUCCAACCCAGGGGCCCCCACCUACACUGUGAUCAGUGAGCUCACACUGACCGUGACGCGCGAUGACAACCUGCAGCCCAUAGGGUGCGCUGUGGAGCACGACUCCAUCCCCCACGGAGCUGUGAAGAGGACUGAGGAGCGCCUCAACGUACUGUACUCUCCCAGCGUACGGAUCCAGCCAUCCAGCGAUCUUCCCCGAGAGGGAGAGAGAUUCCAUUUGGAGUGUGUGAGCGACGCCAAUCCAGAGCCCACAUCGUUUGACUGGGACAAGAAGGAUGGCGAACUGCCCACUUUGGCGAAGAAGGUCGGUAGCGAACUGCGCUUUGAGGCGCUCAACAAGUCCGACAGCGGCGUGUACGUCUGCUCAGCCAACAAUGACAUCGGCCAGGAGCAGAGCCAGUACACACUUCUGGUGCAAGAAGUCAACCAUGCAGACCCCACGGCCAUGUCCACCUCUUCCGGAGUUGACCAUGCAGUGAUCGGUGGAGUAGUGGCCGUCAUCGUCUUCAUCAUCCUGUGUAUGCUCAUUGUUCUGGGCAGAUAUCUCAUCAGACACAAAGGGACGUACCUGACCCAUGAGGCUAAGGGCUCAGACGACGCCCCAGAUGCUGACACGGCCAUCAUCAACGCAGAAGGCGGCCAAUCAGGAGCCGACGACAAGAAAGAGUACUUCAUCUAGGCUCCACCCCCGCUGGACUCCAGAGGCCACACCCCCCCCAACCCCCCACUCUGGGAGAGAGGGAUUAGGGAAGAGAGGGAGGGAGAGAGAGAGGGAGGACAGGAACCAAACAGAAUCAUGACAGAACUCAAGAAGGAAUAAAAAAAACAUU